CUCAUGGGUCACGGAGUGGGAUUGGCACUUCACUCUUUCCCCAGAAGAUCUCCUUAUGCUUGGGGUUGAAGUUAGCUUUUGUCUGGACCCUCUUCACCUGACCCCCGAUGCUUGUGAGAGAGUCAACAGCCGGUGCCUGGUGUGAGUGUAAGCGAGUGUGAGCAGUGCCCUGGUUUGUGUCCCGUGUGAGUGUGAGUAGUGUGGUCUGCUUCCAGCGUGAGUGUGAGCUUGCCCUGAGGGCCAGGCCAUUUGCGACGAUGCUGGAGCAGGUGUCUUCGUUUGUGGAUGCGAUAUGGGAGCUGAUUGUGAACAAGCACUCGGAGGGGAUGUAUAACUCGGUCUGCCUGGUGGUGCUGCUGACCCUGCCCUUGCUGCUGCUACUGCUUGCCCUGUGUCUCUGCUGUCAGGGCUGCUGUGGUCGUGGCUCUCGCUGCAGCUGCUGCCACCGACGGCAAGCCAUGGCUCGGAAGAAAAAGCUGGAUGACCUUUGGAUUCCAAGCCAGCCGCAGCCCAUCAUGAUGGAGAGCCUCUCCAUGUCAGUGUGACUCUGCAGCGGGACUUCCUGUCACCUUGCACUCCACGCACCCCCUCCCCUUUGGAAAGCAGGACCACAGCUCGGCUGGCCACAUCUGGAGGGAUCACUCCACACCUGCUGCUGAAUCCUCAGAGACCUUUGUCCCUAAGUAAUCUCGGCUGUGCUGGAUGGGUCAGUCCAGGGCUUUUGGAAACUCCCGCCCCUCCCCACCGCCUCAUUCACACCAGCUCACAACGCAGGGAUGGGAGUUGAAUCACUCCACUCCAGCACUGGACUCUACACACCACAUCCCAGCUCUCCAUAACGCUUCAAGGCUAGGUUCUGUGGCGUGGACUCUUCUGUUAUUGAAGGAUAAUGUCUUAUAUCACUGCAUAGUGUUUACAGGUCUGUUACAGUGUGACCGUGCAACACAACGAGAUGCUUGUACUUCCCUAGUGUCAGUGGUAUAGACAGGUGUGGCUACACAGAUGUUCAAACCGACACACAAUUCUGUAACUUUUUUUUAUUGAACCACACUUUCUUUUGGAAGAGGUGUCUUAGAUCAUUUCAAAACUUACAAGAACGACCAAGCUUCUUAAGCUGGUGAGCUCCACAACUGACAACAGAGACCCACUGGCUGAUUUGUGCCAGACAGACUGAUAGAUUUUGUAAUGAGUUGGGGUAACUCUGUUACAAGACUGGCUGCACUGGGUGAGAAGCUGGACUCUGUGCCUUUAGGUUUUCCCUGUUUUCUCUUUAUUCUAAUGGAUGUAUUGACUUUCUGUUUGAAGCUUGUAGUGGAAUGCCUGUUCAAAGGGGUUUGUUCCUCCCAACUUAUAUGGAACAGCUGUCAGCCCAUGGAAACAACUGAUGCUGUACCCAAUGCUACGGGGCAAGGCAGUGAGACUGCCACGGGUCACUCACCUCCUUGACCUACUGUCCAGUCCAUGUGUCGUGGGACUGGUCAUCAAUGUAAAGUCUGAGUAAAUGUCUGAGGAGGGGAGUCUGGGCUCAAUGUACUCUGUGCCUGCAUCUCCACAUAACAUGGUCAACAGCAAUGUUACAUUCGUGUAAAUAAAAUAUUUUCUGUUUUUUUUGAGAUCCAUA